UUGCUGACGUGCCUGCGUGGGCCGGAAGGGCUGGUGCUAACUACGAUCUCUGUAUGAACUGACUGGCGUUGGCCCUUCGGUACCCGGUGAAGGCGUCACUCAUGGCCCCGGUGUCCCGGUCCCGCUACUCCAAGGAAGCUGUGGGCUCUCGGAGGUGGCGACGCCGCUCGUCGGGGAGCCCGCCUUUGGCGCAGGCCAGACGCUCCCCGUGGGGAGGCCUCGUCCGUUCUUACUCCUGCGGCCGCGAGGCCCUCAGACCUCCGUGGGGAGGGUCGGGCGUUGGCGCCCGUUACCCGCUCGGCCGCUCUGAGUUUCGAGAACCACCGCCGGGGCCCUGCGACUAUGCGUUCUCGUCGUCCUCCGUCUAUUACGGCAGCGGCAGCGGGUACCACUGCCAUCACCGCCACUCCCCGAGGGACCGGCAGUGGGCGGAGGAGUACCAGGAGGAGGAGGAGAGCUAUCGUCAGAGGAGGCUGAAGGAGAGAGAAAGGAUUGGGGAGUUGGGCGCCCCUGAGGUGUGGGGGCUGUCUCCGAAGUUUCCUGAGCUGGAUUCUGAUGAGCACACCCCCGUGGAGGAUGACCGGGCGAAGGCUCAGAAGACCGCCAGUUCAGAAUCCAGCUCCGAGGGAAAGAGGAAAAAGGCCAGUCGUUCAAAAAGCAAGAAGAAGAGAAAGAAAAAGUCCAAAAAGAAACACAGGAAAUAUUCUAAUGAUAGUGAUGGUAAUUCAGACUCCGACAUGGAUUCUAGCUCUGAUGAUGAUAAAAAGAGAGCCAAAAAAGCCAGGAAGAAGGAGAAGAAAAAGAAACACAGGGCAAGAAAAAACAAGAAAAAGAAGAAGACUAAAAAAGAAUCCAGUGACUCAAGCUUUAAAGAUUCAGAAGGGGAGUUGCUGGAAGAUAUUUGGAUUAAGCAGUCAAAGAUUGCAGAUACCAUGGAUCUGAUAGGUCCAGAAGCACCCAUAAUACACACGUCUCAAGAGGAGAAACCUUUGAACUAUGGCCAUGCUCUGCUCCCAGGUGAAGGUGCAGCAAUGGCUGAGUAUGUAAAAGCUGGAAAGCGAAUCCCACGAAGAGGUGAAAUUGGGCUGACAAGUGAAGAGAUUGCUUCAUUUGAAUGCUCAGGUUAUGUUAUGAGUGGUAGCAGGCAUCGUAGGAUGGAGGCUGUGCGACUGCGUAAAGAGAACCAGAUCUACAGUGCUGAUGAGAAGAGAGCGCUUGCAUCCUUUAACCAGGAAGAGAGGCGGAAGAGAGAGAAUAAGAUUCUAGCCAGUUUCCGAGAGAUGGUGUACAGGAAGACAAAAGGGAAAGAUGACAAGUAAGGACUUUUUAUCUUUCAGCAGGACUUUUAACAACAAUUUUAUAUGACCAAAAUAGUAUGAAAAGACUUUAUGGUGCUACUAUACCUACUACAUUAGAAAGUCCUUCAAGAAAAAAGCUGCUGAGGCCUCUUUAUUUUUAACUUAAAAUGUGCACAUGGUUUAGCAGAUAUUUAAGUACUACAGUUGGAGAGUUAAUAAAAGGUCUGUCAUCCUA